GGCGUCCUAGGGCAACUUAGGCAGACAAAACACACCCAAAACAAAAUGCAGAGGUUAAGCUUAUUCGUUGUAUUCCUCCUAUGCUUGGUAGCUACUGCCAUAGCUCAAAAUUGUGGCCGGCAGGCUGGAGGCCAAACCUGCGCUAACAAUCUUUGUUGUAGCCAAUGGGGUUUUUGUGGGACAAGCGACGAUCAUUGUAAUCCUUCCAAGAAUUGUCAAAGCAACUGUAGUCCUGGUACUGGUGCUGGUGAAAGUGCUUCAAAUGUUAGAGCCACGUAUCAUUAUUACAAUCCUGACCAAAAUGGAUGGGACUUGAAUGCUGUGAGUGCUUAUUGUUCUACAUGGGAUGCCAAUAAGCCUCUGGAAUGGCGGAGGAAAUAUGGUUGGACUGCCUUUUGUGGACCGGUUGGACCCAGUGGACAGGCUUCUUGUGGCAGGUGCUUGAGGGUGACAAACACUGGGACUGGAGCACAAGCUACUGUGAGGAUUGUUGACCAAUGCAGCAAUGGAGGUCUAGACUUGGACGCUGGAGUAUUCCAGCAAAUAGAUACUGAUGGAAGGGGCAAUGCUCAAGGCCACCUUAUUGUGAACUACCAAUUUGUGGAUUGUGGGGACUAGAGAAUGGCCCUCUAGUUCUAUGAUGAAAAUAAGAGAAAUCCGCACCUAAAUAAUUUCAAUCCCCAAUAAUGCAAUACAUAUAUGUUGAGGUUUGAAUAAUAAUAAAAUUAUUAAUGAUUGCAAA